AUGACUUCCAUCAAUACUCCCGAGGAGCAGGCCAUCGCCUUCCUCCUGACCUGUAUCAAUUGGGACAAUGUCUCACUCGAUAUCGGUGUCGAUAUGAUUGCCGAAGUGGCCAGGAAAUACUACUUCAGCAUUGUGAAUAAUGCCGAAGAGUUCGACCGCUCUGACAAGCAUCCCGAAAUCCCCAGAGACCCUUCCUGGGAGUCCGUCACGGCUGAGGAGAUUGGCCCCAUCGUCAUAGUCGAAGAGUCAAAUGAUAUCAUUAUGUAG